AUGACAUCAAUGAUCAAAGGUGAUCCACAUGAAGUAGAGCAUGUGGAAGACGAUCGUUUUCGUGGAGAAGGCAAAAUCGUUGAUGAACAAGAUCGUGAAGAACAUUUUGUGAAGCCUUUGCACACUUAUUAUUGCCAUUGUGGACAGAUUGCUAUGAUAACAGACACAUUGAUAACACGGAUGCCUUUGCGACGACGUGAUCGAGCUCGUGUUAUCGAUCCUUCACGUACGGAAGCUAAAACAUUUGCUGUGAAUGGUGAUACGGUUUACGUCCGAAGAAAAGAAGGACUGGAGCAGCAGUACAGAAAAAACUGCCACAAGUGCGGAAUUCCACUUUUCUAUUGUCACCCCUUCAAUUUGAAAAAUUAUCUAUUUAUUUUUUAUGAUGCUGUACGUUCUGCACAGCAGAUUGGUGGACUAAAAUUAGCUAACGAAGAACAACCAGUCAAAAAGGUUAUCAUGACAAAACAUGUGAAAAAUCAAGGAAAAGUUGGCUCUGUAACUGUUUCUACUGUGGAGGAAGCAGAAGAUGAACUCGAAGCACGAGAAAUAGCGGAGUCUUAUACGCUGAAUGCUCGCAUGAUUGAAUACCAAAUGAAAAGGAAAGGCAUGCUAAAAAAUCGAGUUUCGGACGAAUUACAUGAAGCCAAGAAAAAAAGAGUUGAAGGCAAACGGGGAACAUUAUUAUAA